UUAGAAUUAUUCGCUGAUAAUUUCAAAAGAAUGAACAUGAAAUUAAUAGAGCAAUACGAAGAAUUAAUUGAGUGUGAUCCAUUUAAAAUUUCAUACUUAUGGAAAGGUGUGUCUAUCAUAGCAUACACCAUAAGUACAAUAUCAGGCUACUUUUGUGCCAUACUAUUUCAUAUAUACUGGUACAAUGUAUGCGGUGGUCAAUGCUUCAUUUGGGCGGAUGUCAAAAUAGAACCAAAAUUAUUAAAAAAUCUACAUAACGUGUCACUUGCCCUACGUCCAGCGUUCAAUGAAAAUGUUCAUUUGGCUCAUUACAUAACUGUGCAAAGUCAAAAUUUCCAAUAUUGCAAAUACUUUCAUUUCGUGUGCUUAAUAUCAUACAUUAGUGCAUUGAUUAUGAUCACCAUGUUCGCAAUUUCUACAAAGGAUGACAAAAAUAGAAGUCUGCAAAAUUAUUUUUCCUGCACUGAUUUUCAACUUCAUUAUGAUGGCGAUAGAUAUUUCAAAUUUAAUAACAAUCUUUAUCAGAUAAUCCAUCGACUUACGAAAACUAACAUUCCAUAUAUAUAUGAUUACAAGCAAUAUUGCAACGUAUUUAAACAGUUUGCAAGGAAAUAUAACAAUUCAAAUGUCGAUCCAUGCCAAUUAUAUUUAAUGAUUCAAUUUACUGCAUGGCUAAUGUCUUUGAGUUGGAUAGCAAGUUUCCUGAUUAUAUUGUUACGUAUAAUAAUGUGCGUUGAUUUUGUUUUAUUGAAAGUAAAAAUUUAUGAAAUGCCGGAAGAUAAUCUCGAAAGGAAUUUAAUUUUGUCAAAAAUAUAUCCAAAUGCAAUCAAUUAUGAGACUCCAGUAGAAAAUCAUAACAACAAAGUACAGAAAGAUAAUGUGCUCUAG